AUGUACGAGUUCUCAGUGCACAUCUCCAGGCGCAGCAUGGGGCUGGACCUCAAGCAGCUGCCGGAUGAGACGGGCGUCAAGCCUCUCGACCGCGUGCUGUCCAUGUACGAGUUCUCAGUGCACAUCUCCGGGCGCAGCAUGGGGCUGGACCUCAAGCAGCUGCCGGAUGAGACGCUGUACGCCGCCCGGCGGAAGAUGCGGGAGCAUUACAGGAACCUGGUGCCGACGGACACGAGGAACGUGUGGCCGUGGACGUCUCUCUCGGUGACCAUGGAGGAAGACCUCUGGGACCGGGUGAGUGGCGUGGACAUUGUAGCACGAGGUAGGGAUCACUAG